CAGCGGCACAGUCGCAGUCUCGUCCGCUGGCGUCGCGCUGCUUGUCCGGAAGCACCAGCAGACCGCCAUGCCGCCUUAGGCCACCAUGUCAGAGCGACAAGUGCGUCACGUGGUGGUGACUCGCCGCAACUCGUCCAGCGGCCCGCCGUCAGCGCUGCCGCGCCCGCCACGGCCGGUUGAGGAACCACAGUUCGAUCUUGUCUGCAAGGUGAUGCUGCUGGGCGACUCCGGCGUGGGUAAGACGUGCCUGCUGGUGCGCUUCCGCGACGGCCGCUUCCUCAGCGGCAGCUUCAUCUCCACCGUGGGCAUCGACUUCCGGAACAAAGUGGUGACGGUGGACGGCAGCCGCGUGAAGCUGCAGAUCUGGGACACGGCGGGCCAGGAGCGCUUUCGCAGCGUCACGCAUGCCUACUACCGCGAUGCACACGCACUCCUGCUGCUGUACGAUGUGACGAACAAGACGAGCUUCGACAACAUUCGGGCGUGGCUGGGCGAGAUCCGCGAGUACGCCCAGGAUGACGUCGUCAUCAUGCUGCUGGGCAACAAGGCAGAUUGCGGCUCAGAUCGGUUGGUGAGGAAGGAGGAUGGUGAGCGGCUAGCACGAGAGUACAAUGUUGCCUUCAUGGAAACCUCCGCUAAGACUGGCCUCAAUGUAGAACUCAGCUUCCUGGCUGUUGCCAGGGAGCUGAAGUCACGCAAGACUGGGAAUUCAGAUGCCAACAAGUUCAACGUACAAGAGUAUGUGCGUGAGCAGGCACAGCGUGGCUCAUGUCCACCUUGCAACACGUGAGCUUUCAGGAUUGUCGUCUCUGCUGUGUUAAGAAUGUUUUGUACCUGCUAGCGUGUUGCACAUGGACUGCUGUGUCAUCUACAACAGAUCUGAAUACUUAAGACACAAUGAUAUAUUAUGAAUAGCCUUCAUUCAGUUGAUUUUAUUAGUUCGUUGCAACAUUGUAAGUUACCAAGCCACAAAAACACUAGUGUACUCUAUGCAAAUAUAAUGUCACUGACAUUGAUAA